AAUUAAUUAAGGUAUAUACUAAGAUGCUUUUAAGGUCCUUACAUUAUAUAUAGUGUUCCAAUUCCUUAAUAUUCCUUGACCCAUUCGAUCUCUUCAUUUUCAGAUAUUAAUCCAACAUAAACAGUAAAUUUUUACACAAACGUCUAUACUGAUCAAGGAGAUCAGCAAAGCUAGCCAUGGCGGGUGAACAAAUGGGAGUGCUUAAUGCACUCGACAUGGCCAAGACGCAACUCUAUCAUUUCACCGCCAUAGUCAUCGCCGGAAUGGGCUUCUUCACCGACGCAUACGAUCUCUUCUGCAUCUCUCUCGUCACAAAACUUCUCGGUCGUAUUUACUACACCGACUUAUCCUCAGAUAAGCCAGGAAACUUGCCUCCCAACGUUGCAGCAGCCGUAAACGGUGUUGCUUUCGUUGGAACAUUGACCGGUCAACUCUUUUUCGGGUGGCUUGGAGACAAGAUGGGGCGGAAGAAGGUGUACGGACUAACCCUACUUGUUAUGGUUAUUUGUUCAGUUGCGUCGGGACUUUCCUUUGGCCAAGAUGCUAAGGCCGUCAUGGCGACUCUUUGCUUCUUUAGAUUUUGGCUAGGGUUUGGUAUUGGCGGUGACUACCCUCUCUCGGCCACCAUCAUGUCGGAGUAUGCUAAUAAGAAGACACGUGGCGCUUUUAUAGCUGCUGUUUUCGCCAUGCAAGGGUUUGGAAUUCUUGGGGGUGGAAUCAUAGCUUUGAUUGUCUCUGGUGCCUUUAAAGCAAAAUAUGAUGUUCCUGCUUACAUUGAAGAUAGAGCAGGGUCACUCGUUCCCCAAGCUGACUAUGUUUGGCGUAUAAUUCUCAUGUUCGGUGCUUUUCCAGCCGCAAUUACUUAUUAUUGGCGUAUGAAAAUGCCUGAAACUGCUCGAUACACAGCUCUAGUUGCUAAAAAUGCUGCACAAGCAGCUGCAGACAUGUCUAAGGUGUUACAAGUCGAGCUUGAAGCUGAUGUGGAGAAGGUAGAGAAAUUAUCCCAAAAGGGUAACUCCUAUGGACUCUUUAGUAAAGAAUUUGCUCGUCGCCAUGGCCUCCACCUCGUUGGAACAACAACCACUUGGUUUUUAUUAGAUAUUGCCUUUUAUAGCUCGAAUCUCUUCCAAAAGGACAUUUUCACCGCCAUUGGUUGGAUUCCUGCGGCCAACACAAUGAAUGCUAUUGAAGAAGUAUUUAGAAUCGCCCGAGCCCAAACCCUAAUUGCUUUGUGUAGUACUGUCCCAGGUUAUUGGUUUACUGUUUUUUUUAUAGAUAGUAUGGGAAGAUUCGCCAUUCAACUAAUGGGUUUCUUUUUUAUGACGGUGUUCAUGUUUGCCCUAGCCUUUCCUUACCACCAUUGGAAAAAGAACCAUAUCGGGUUCGUGAUUAUGUACUCUUUGACUUUUUUCUUUUCUAACUUUGGACCCAAUGCUACCACUUUUGUUGUCCCGGCUGAGAUUUUCCCAGCACGACUGAGAUCCACGUGUCAUGGGAUAUCAGCUGCGGCAGGAAAAGCUGGAGCAAUAGUGGGAGCUUUCGGGUUCUUGUACGCAGCCCAAGAUAAAGAUCCAUCAAAGACCGAAGCUGGUUACCCACCCGGUAUUGGAGUUAAAAAUGCCCUAAUUAUGCUUGGAGUUAUAAACUUUCUUGGAAUGGUGUUUACUUUUUUGGUGCCAGAGUCAAAAGGAAAAUCACUUGAAGAGUUGACUGGUGAGAAUGAAGAUGGGGAGAUGGAACCCACUCCUGCAAGUACUGUUCGUACUGUUCCUAUUUAAAAUAGUUUUUUUUUUUUUAAUUACAUUAAUUUAGCUUAAUUAAACUAAUAAUAAUGAAUUAAAAUAUGCAAUAUUGUUGGAAGCCUUUUGCUACAUAUAUAAAAUACAUAAUUCCCUUUGGAUU